UCUAAACUUGACCUGGAUACCCCCUUUCAAUCGCAAUACAGAUAGUUCAGUAUCGCCGACUCAGCAUUUCUUCAGCAGUAGACGGAAACCCACGGAAGCGACGCUUAAAAGCUUCGAGCUUUAAUUAGCCUGCUCUCGCUUGAAAUGUUAAACCUCGCUUGGACAACUACCAUCAUGAUGUUCUCCACGCCCGAUAAAACAUCUACUUCACCUAUCUUCGAUGAAAAACACAUCGAAGAGUCGUCUCCAUCUCCCAAAAUACAUGCAAACAACCCAGUCGUCUCUAGCGCUGAGUUUGUCCUCGAACAAACAAACAUCGUCAAAAUCAAUGAUGACGGUGUCAAAAAAUCCACACAAUACAUUUUACAAAAAGUGGCUUCCGAGUCCUAUACUCCGCGCACAUGGCGCACGCACCCCUUGCAUAUAUGUCCGCCGGAGCCGUAUGACCCCGAUGAUGUACUCACGGGUGCAUGUCUGAACUGGAUAUUCCUCAUCUCUUCUUUGAAUUUCAGUUUUUGGUCGGAAAAGGAAGGUCAGCCGGAUCGUUACGGCGUCGAAUGGCGGACUAGUUGGGGUAGCGAGACGAUGACGGUUCACACUGGAUACUGGAGCUUAGUCGCGGCUCUGAAUCGAGCGUUAGAGGAGGGUAUACCCAUCAUCGACCCUAGAUUUUAUUCCUCCCAGACACUGUGUCCAGACUCGCUGAUCGCGCAUGUGUUCCGCGCUGCACCUCAAUCUGCCGAAUCAAUGCCCCUGUUCAAUGAACGUCUAGCGAUCAUGCGCGAAGUCGGUGCUAUACUCUGUAACGAUCAUUUUGGAGGAUCAUACCUAGGGUUUCUAGAAGCCUUUCAGAGAAGACAUGAGAAUCAGGGCACGGCACUCGACCUCGUCCAAUUCGUCACAGACUCAUUCCCAAGUUUUAGAGAUGAACGAAUGUUCAACGGACGACGAGUAUAUUUCUGGAAACGGCCCCAAAUCCUAGUAGCAGAAACCUGGGCAGCUUUCUACCCCGAAAACCCCUAUACCCCACACCCCAUUUUCCCCGGCCUCAGCGGAGCACAAAUAAGCGCUCUUACGAUGUUCGCGGAUUACCGCGUCCCCCAGAUCCUACACCACCUGCGGAUCCUCGCCUAUCCCUCAUCGCUCGAACACAAACUGCGCACCGGCACGUACCUAGAAGCUGGAUCGAGAGAAGAGAUGAGCUUGCGCGCGGCGAGCAUCGUCGCUGUUGAACGUAUCAGGAGUGAGAUGAUAAGUUGUGGAUCGGAUUGGGAAGCGAGCUGUGUGUUGAUUGAUUUUUAUCUUUGGGAUCUGGCCAAAAAAGUGCAAAGGGGGGAAGAGUGCGCUGAGGGGAUUGAGACGGAUGAGGUUUUACCAGCGCAUAGGACGAGGAGUAUUUGGUAUUAAGUUUUUUGGGUUCAUUGCAAUUGAUAGAUCUAGACUUGGCUUUAUUCGUUUUGUCGCUAUACUAGUAGCGAUAGGAUUUAAAAUUUACUUGCAUUUCUGUAAGCACACUGGCUUACUAGAGUUCACAUAAAUACUGUCCGCGAC